GGAGGGGGUCGAGGCAACAUUGAGCCCAGCGUGGGAAAGCGGCGGCCAGAGCGAGCUCACCGUGCAGCGCAGAGCCACCGACACUCGCUCCGGCUGUCUGGGAAAAGCGCUCGGUGCUGCUGCUGCUGUUAGUGCUGCUGGUGGGGGCACAUGGACGCACGGGCGGACCGGGAGUACAACUAGCCAAGCGGAGAAUAGGAGCGUAGGAAUACGAGCUUUGGUUCGCGCGUGUGUGUGUCAGUGUGUGUGUGUGUGUGUGUGUGUGUGUGUGUGUGUGUGUGUGUGCUGCAGUGAUAGAGGAUGGGGGGUUAAAGCGCUGCAGCCUCUGACUACCUGUGUGGCCCCGCUUGGACACCGUGGGAUGUAGAAAGGGGGAGAAAAUACACUCCUGCUGCUUCUUCAUUGCAGUUUGGAAAACGCCAACGCUUCAAUACAGUCUAGUUUUCUGUGAGAAACUUAAAGGGCAGUCCACGUGCCAGCAGCAGCGCUCUCUCGAUCAUGGCUUUGUGAAAGAGCUUGGCUUGUUUCGGGAUUUCCCCCUGUGCUAAUAGGGCUGCACCCUUGAAUAGCUUAAAAGCAAACCACUCAGACAAGAUGGACAGAGAAGAACUGAACCAGCAGUACGAGCCGGUGGCUGAGAUCGGAGAGGGUGCGUACGGGAAGGUGUAUAAGGCGCGCGACCUGAAGAACGGGCGCUUCGUGGCUCUGAAACGGGUGCGUGUGCAGACUGAGGAAGAGGGCAUGCCGCUGUCCACCAUACGUGAAGUGGCAGUACUGAGGCAGCUCGAGUCCUUCGAGCACCCCAAUGUGGUCAGGUUGUUCGAUGUCUGCACAGUUUCUAGAACUGAUCGGGAGACAAAACUGACUCUGGUCUUCGAGCAUGUGGAUCAAGACUUGACGACAUACUUGGAGAAAGCACCUGAUCCAGGAGUGCCACCUGAAACCAUUAAGGAUAUGAUGUACCAACUGCUUCAGGGUCUGGACUUUCUGCAUUCACACCGUGUGGUUCAUAGAGACCUGAAGCCCCAGAACAUUCUGGUCACCAGUGGAGGACAGAUCAAACUGGCUGACUUCGGUCUGGCACGCAUAUACAGUUUUCAGAUGGCGCUUACUUCAGUGGUGGUCACUUUAUGGUAUCGUGCUCCAGAGGUGCUUCUGCAGUCCAGCUAUGCCACUCCAGUGGAUCUGUGGAGUGUGGGCUGCAUCUUUGCUGAGAUGUUCAGAAGAAGACCCCUUUUCCGUGGAAACUCGGAUGUUGACCAAUUAGGCAAGAUUUUUGAUGUGGUUGGAGUUCCUUCCCCGGAAGACUGGCCCCAGGAAGUAGGUUUGCCUCAGAGUGCCUUCCCCCCUCGCCCUUCUCAACCAAUAGAAGACCUGGUGCCAGAUAUGGAUGAGCUGGGAAAAUCCCUUCUACUUCGAUUCCUGUCAUUCAACCCAGCUCGGAGGAUAUCCGCAUAUGAAGCUCUGUCUCAUCCAUACUUCCAAAGUCUGGAUAGCACCAGCAAGAGUCUGUAUGCUCAACCCAUUCCUAGCAAAAAGCCCAUCCUGGAGGAAAGAGCUGCUUAAAAGACUGUUUUAAUACAGAUUCACCAGCACAGACCCUAAGCCUGUUUUAAACUUGUCUUCCAUCGCCAUGUUACAUGCUGCUUUUAGGUUUUAAGUAUUAGAGCAAAUCUUGGUCGAUGCAUUUUCACUGCAGCAGGCCUUUUCUGUCACUGCCCAGGACAUGUAAAGAAUGUCAGAAGCUGCUUCACUGCCUACCUUCCUACAUUGGAAGUCCCUCUAUUCAGAGUAAACUCCACUGCCACAUACCUGAUACGGAGGCUGCUACACCACAAUGCCAGGGAUUGCUUUGGUUUACCAGUGUUGUCAUGAUGAAACUGCCAGAACUCGGUCACUGCCUCGACUCAUCAAGCUCACUGCCUUCGACUGACCCAAUCUCACACGUACAUCCUGGAAAAACUGUAAAACUGUUGUCAUCAUGCUUUUUAACUUCCUAUAAUCAUGGGUCUAAUCAUUUUGUGUAAUUGCCUGUCACCACAAAGCUAAUGCUCAUCUGUGUGGACCUUCAUGGCAUUAAUUACCAAUUUCCAGUGUCAAAGCUUUGGUGACAGUGUCCACUAUGGACAGACCCAACACUGUGGGCUGGGUUUCUACCCAUAGACUAAGCCUAGCACCAAUCAACAGUUUAGUCCAAGUCAAGAACUGAACUUUGUUUGAAAAAAUGGCUCAGAUAUUAUACAUUUGCAAGAGAAGUUUAAACAAUUUAAAAUGGAUUUCUGCAUUAAUUACUCAUAAAAUGUUGUUUGAUUUUUUUCCAAGUCUUGAAAAUGGAUAAACCAUUUUGGAUAAACUAAUGACACACGAACAAUUGUACUUUUUAUGUCUUUUUUUAAACACAUGGAUUAAUUGUUCACAAUACAGGUUUAAAAUAUAUUUAAAUGGAUUAGCAUCAAUGUCCAGCUUCUGAUUAGAUACUUAAUGGUGAUGAGAAAUUUUGGACCAUUUUAAUGAAUACAUUGUUUCCUCAAAAAUUACAAGCUAUCCUGGCAACUUAUAAAGAAAAUCAACCUCAAACCAAGAUGCAUCCACCACUAUACCUCACAGUUGGGUUGAGGUUGAGUCUGCAGUGCCUUGUGCAUUUCUGCUUAUUAAAUCGUUCUGUCUUUCUUUUUGGAAAGCACUGUUUUUCCCAAAGUGGCCUUCCACUAUUUUAAAUAGUAGGAACAUAAAUAGGGACUUAGCAAGCUCUAAAGAUUUUAGCCUAUUUUUGCAGGUCUUUUGCUUUUAACACAUGCUACUUUCACAUCCUUCUGCAUUGCACACUGUGCCAUUCAUAUCAUCAUUGGUGGAAGGCUGACUUUGAAUUGAGAGUAGCACUUUAAAUUUGAAGGGUUCCUUCAUCUGUAGACAGGUUGUCAGGAUUAGCACCCUCUUAGAUAAUAAAAAAUUGUCUUUUCAGCUUUAUGCUGCUCUAAAUUUUAACAGGACAAUACACAAAUUACACCUCCAAUCUCCACCAUAUCAUUCAUUUGGAAUGCUUGACCUCUGAAGAAGUCAAUUGCCCAGAGCUUUUUAUACUUUUGCUAUCGUGACCUGUAAUUGAUAGCUAUUGUAUUAAAUAAAGACAUAAAAAGUACACUCAUCUGUGUGUUUAGGUAGAUUGUUAUGAGUAAUUAGAAUA